AUGUCAAUCAUGAUGCUAUCCGAUGAUUUAUGUUAUGAAAUUGUUGGAUAUUUAGAUUCAUGUACAAUUUUAAAUACUUGUUCUCUGCUUUCCAAACAAUGGUUGGAGGUUAUUAGAACUAGAUCACAUAUUUCGGUUGAGUUGGAUGGAAAUAUUUGUGAUGAGAGAAUAACUUCAAUGAUGAAGAGUCAAUUUUUGGAUAGUAUUCAAAGUGUGAAAGUAAAAAGUGGUAAUAAUAGUGGGUCAAUUGGUUAUUUAUUGAAUUCUCUGUGUUUAAUGAGGAAUUUACAAGAGUUGUAUCUUGUUUCUAAAGAAUUGGAUUCGAAUGAUGCACAAGUAAUAAGUGAAAUGAAGAGUUUGACGAAACUUGAUCUGAAUGGAAAUAGAAUUAGUGAUGAGGGUGUUGAUUUCAUAAGUAAAAUGAGCGGUUUGACCUAUCUUAGGAUAGAUUCAAAUGCUGUUCAUGAUGAAGGAGCAAAAUCAAUUCAAGGAAUGAAAGGAUUAAGAACUUUAAAAGUUUCUAAUAAUUCUUUUUUUGAAGUUGGAUUUGAGGCAAUAAGCCAAAUGGGAAAUUUAACAAAACUUGAUAUGAGUGAAAACUCAUUGGGAAUUGAGGGAACUAAAUCGAUAGGUAUAAUGAAAAAUUUAACAUCCCUCAAGAUUGACUAUAAUCAUAUUGGUUCAGAAGGAGUUAAAUAUCUCAAUGAAAUGAAACAAUUAACAAAGCUUUCAAUUGUGGAAAAUCAAAUAGAUGAAGAAGGAGCCAAGUACAUUGGAGAGUUGAAACAAUUGACAAUACUUGACAUUAGUUUCAAUUAUGUUGGGGAGAAAGGAGCCAAAUCAAUUAGUACAUUGAACAAGCUAACAAUGCUUGAUAUUAUUGAAAAUAAUAUUGGUGAAAAUGGAGCAAUUUCAUUAAGUAAUCUUAAUCAAUUAACCAAACUAGAUAUUAACUCUAAUAAUAUUGGACAUUUAGGAGCCAAAUCACUUGUGAAAUUGAAUCAAUUGAAAGAACUCAAUAUCAGCUAUAAUAAUAUUAAUGACUUAGAAAUUAACAUAAUAAGACAAAUGAAAAACUUGAAGAGCUUAACAAAUCAUUCUCAAAAUCGAUAG